UUUUUUGUACUUUUCUCUUUGUCUGGUUUUGUGGUGCGGUGAGGGUUCGGUACCAGGCAGCAGCGAGCGAUAUCUGCGAGGAAAAGAAAAAGCGAUCUUUUCUGCAUUUCAAGUCACAGGGUCAUCUUCGACCUAAAUCCUAUAUUCUUCGACUCCUUUCGGCCAGACGGAGCUCGUCGAUCGCUUCCCGUGCGAAUCGAGGAUUUAGCGACAGCUCAGGGAGUGAGGUUUGUGUUAGGGUUUCAAUAUGGAUGGGAGAGAACCUCAGAGAGUUAGUGCGUCGCAGCCUCCGAAUGUGGUGGUGGGUCCUAGUUCUUAUGGAGCUGGAGCGACGACGAACAGUUCGAUUGUGACGCCGGAUUCGGGUGGAAUGUUUCAGGGCAUGCGACUAUCUUUCCGCCCCAUGACUUCGUCUGAGCCCAAACAAGUCGAUAUGACCGGUUCGUUGUACCAAGGGGAUGUCCUCUCUGGAGUGAGGCAAGGCGGUGUUUUAAAUUUGGAAGAGCCAAUGAAGAAAAAGAGAGGAAGACCAAGAAAAUACGGACCUGAUGGUGCCAUGUCGUUGGGAUUAACUCCAUCCUCCGCUUCAGGAUACUCUAAUAGUGCCGGAUCUGACCCAACAGCUAAGCGCCGAGGCCGCCCUCCAGGAUCAGGAAAGAAGCAACAACUAGAUGCAUUGGGCACCCCUGGGAUUGGCUUCACUCCUCAUGUUAUUAAUGUUAAAGUUGGAGAGGACAUUGCUUCAAAAAUUAUGGCAUUUUCACAGCAAGGACCUCGGAGUGUCUGUAUUCUGUCAGCAAAUGGUGACAUAUCUGAUGUAACACUUCGGCAGCCAGCAAUAUCUGGUGGAACAGUAACUUAUGAGGGCCGCUAUGAGAUCAUCUCUCUGUCAGGUUCUUUCCUGCUUACAGAAGAAGGUGGUACUCGUAGUAGAAGCGGUGGGUUGACAGUUGCACUAGCUGGAUCUGAUGGCCGAAUUCUUGGUGGUGGGGUUACUGGAAUGCUUGUGGCAGCUACACCUGUCCAGGUUGUCGUGGGAAGCUUCAUUGUAGGAGGGAAGAAACCGAAACCAGAGCCAAUAAGGAAGGAACCGUCACCACCACCACAGAUUUUAGGCUUUGGAGUACCUCUAGUCGCCAGCCCCCCUUCUGAAGCUGGAACAUCGAGCGGUUCUCCCGAUGACCCUGGUAGCCCCACAAAUGAGACCGGUGGCAACGCCUGUAACAACACUGCUCAGCAGCAUCUUCAAGCCGCAUAUCCAUCCCUCAGCUGGUCCCAUUCGGCAAACUAUUUCACUCAUGGCUGACAUAAAACUGAUGCUGAACUAACUUGAUGUUGUUGCUUCUCUCUAGUUAUAGGAAUUGAAUUUAAGGUAGCACCUCGAGUAUAUUCACUAUAACUUUGGCAUCCCAUAAGAGAGGAUUUCUGGCAGACAUUCCAAGACAUAACAGCCAGUUCUAUUGUUAGGUUAAUGGACUUUGUUCAGUGUUGUUGUUAAGAUGUUUGUCACUGGCUUUGAAUCUUAAUUUAUGUAGCCUUCAGUAGCUA